AUGGAUAUACGAAUGGAAGAUAUUCGUGUAAUCGUUGCCAUAGAUUUUGGAACGACAAAUUCUGGAUUUGCUUUUGUGCACAAAGAAAAUCAAAAUGAUCCAAAUGCAAUAGACAUAAAUAAAAUAUGGCCAGGUGACGAGAGUGGUUUAAAUGCAAAAACUCCUACGGUACUUCAAUAUGAUUCGAAGUAUAAAAAUGUGACAGCUUGGGGUGCAAGAGCCUUGGAUCAAGAUAAACCUUGGUUACCGCCUCAAUUAAAUUACAAACAAGCAAUCAAAGAUUAUCUAACUGAAAUGAGAAAAUUGAUUGAAAAAAGGCUUACAACUUGGAAUAAUAUGGUUAAAUUCCCUGAUCAAGUCAGAAUUGUGUUGACUAUUCCGGCAGAAUGGCCUCCACAUACUACUGGAGUAAUGCGUGAAUGUGCAUAUAAAGCCGGUUUAUUGAGUAAAUUAUCUUCAAACAAUCUAGAAUUUACAACUGAACCUGAGGCUGCUGCUCUACAUUGUCUUAAUGUUGUCAAAACGCAUAAUUUAAAAUCAGGAGAUUCUUUCUGUGUAGUAGAUUGUGGGGGUGGUACAGUUGACAUAACAAUUCGUAAAUUACUCGAAAAGGAUGUAUUAGGCGAAAUAACCGAAAGAAUUGGUUACCCUUGUGGAAGUACAUUUGUGGACAAAGAAUUUCUCAAAUUUAUUGGUGGAAAAGUUGGAUUACAUGCUUUUUCAGAGUUAAAAACGAACCAUUAUAACCAAAUACAAUAUUUACUACAAGAAUUCUUUUUUCGCAGAAUCAAACGCAAAUUUAAUGGAAAGCAAUCAGAAUGGAAGACUAUUAAAUUGAAUUUAUUGAAAUAUUGCUCUAAGUUGCAAGAUUAUGUUACUGGCGAUCGAAAAACUGAAAUGGAAAAUGCCGGAUGGACCGUCAAAAUAGAUUUCCCUUCUGUCAAGGAAAUGUUUGAUCCCGUUGUCAACAAAAUUCUCGAAAUGAUUUCAGAUCAAUUAAAGGCUUCUAAAGAAAAGUGCUCAGCUAUAUUUUUGGUUGGAGGGUUUUCAGAAUCAUCCUAUCUGGUUGAAAAAGUUAAGGAAAAUUUUAGAUUUCAAGUAGACAGUAUUGGCGUUCCGACAAGUGCCAUUUCAGCAGUAGUUCAAGGCGGCUUAUAUUAUGGACUUAAUGUUAAUACAGUUAAAACACGUGUUCUUAAAUGGACUUUCGGAAUAGAAGUAGCAAGAGAAUGGGUUUCUGGAAAAGAUAAAAAGACAAGAAGAUCAUCAGAUGGAUUGAUUUAUACUUUUGAGUGCCUUGCAAAGCGCGGGUCAAAAGUUGAUGUUAACGAACCAUUCACUAAAAUUUUCUAUCCGGUUCGAGCAAAUCAGGAAGUAUUAGCUUUUAAAAUUUAUUGUACUAAAAGCGCAGAUGGAAAAUUUUGUGAUGACCAAGGAAUGAAAUACGUAAAAACCUUGAAAAUUAAUAUAAAAGAUGUCCAUAACGGCCGCAACCGACCAAUAGAAUUUUCAUUAACUUUUGGUCAAUUAGAAUGCAAAGCAGCGGCAAAAAAUAAUAGAACUGGGCACUUAUAUAAAGAAAUAUCUUUCGUUAUGGAAGAAUAA